AUGUUAUCAUUAUUAUUCAGAGGGAUAAAGCUUCAAACUGAUGAAGAUGGUAAUCCGAUUUGUUUGCUUUGUGAUGAAAAAUUGAGUUCUGAAAAUGAUUGGAUUGAACAUAUCGAAUUGGAAAAAUCGAAACUUAUCAAAAAUAUUGCUAAUUUGAAAGAUUAUAAAACAUCAUCUGAUAAUUUAUUGCUAUCACCAAUAUCUGAACAAUGUCGACGAAAACGUGAAUACGAAUUAUUACGUAUUCGAUCAAAUCAGCAAAAAAGGCUUGGAUUGAAAAAUCGUGGAUGUCGUGAAGAUUCUAACAGUCAAUUGAAUCGUCCAACAAAUAGCAGUACAUGCUCGAUGAUAAUGCCGCAGGCAAUAACUGACCAAAGUGGAAAUACGAAAAAAGCAUGUGAGGAGCAGCUUCCGGGAAACAGCAAUUUCUGUCGAUUUUGUAAG